CCCAAUCGAAGCUUUCAAACGACGACGUCUGGCUCCCGCAAUCAGUAUAAAACCGCCGUCUUCUGCCGUCUAAACUCUUUUAACUCCGCCGACGCUUCUUCUCAUCUCCGCCAGCAGAACCUCCAAUGGGUACUGCCUACCCCAGAGACGAAAAUUAUCUAGAAAUUGUUGUUCCUAGGCGUAUCGCACUCUUCGUAUCUAUCCAAAACCAGCAACGCCUUCAGCGCCUUUCACUCUCCCCUGAUCCUAUCAAGAUUGAGUUACCGAAUGGAACUGUGAAGGAGGGGAAGAAAUGGAAUACAACGCCUUUGGAUAUAGCGAAGGAGAUAUCGAAGAGCUUGGGUUCCAAUGCUUUGAUAGCAAAGGUGAAUGGGGUGCUUUGGGAUUUGUUGAGGCCAUUGGAAAGUGACUGUAAGCUCGAGCUCUUCACUUUUGACAGUGACGAGGGUCGCGAUACGUUUUGGCACUCGAGUGCGCACAUUCUUGGGGAGUCAUUGGAGAGGAAAUAUGGCUGCAAAUUGUGUAUUGGACCUUGUACAACAAGAGGAGAGGGUUUCUAUUACGAUGCCUUUUACGGUGAUCUGGGGUUAAAUGAGGAUCAUUUUAAAGGGAUUGAGGCAGAGGCAGCAAAAGCUGUGUUGGAGAAACAGCCUUUUGAACGCAUUGAAGUUUCACGGCAACAAGCUCUUGAUAUGUUCUCUGAUAAUAGGUUUAAGGUUGAAAUCAUUAGAGAUUUACCUGAAGACAAAACAAUCACUGUAUAUAGAUGUGGUCCCUUGGUUGAUCUAUGCCGUGGUCCGCAUAUACCAAAUACAUCUUUUGUUAAAGCACUAGCUUGUACAAAGGCUUCAUCAGCAUAUUGGAGGGGAGACAAGGACCGAGAAAGCUUGCAAAGAGUUUAUGGAAUAUCUUAUCCAGAUAAGAAACAGUUAAAGGAAUAUCUAGCGAUGCUGGAGGAAGCAAAGAAAUACGAUCACAGAGAGCUGACUAAGAAGCAGGAGCUUUUCUUCUUUCAUCCAUUAAGCCCUGGAAGUUGUUUCUUUCUUCCACAUGGUGCUCGAAUUUGCAACAAAUUGCUGGAGUUCAUACGGAGUCAGUAUUGGAAGAGAGGCUACGAGGAGGUUUGGAGUCCAAAUAUGUACAAUAUGCAGUUAUGGGAAACUUCUGGUCAUGCUGCAAAUUAUAAGGAGAACAUGUUUGUGUUUGAGAUUGAAAAGCAAGAAUUUGGGCUGAAGCCAAUGAACUGCCCAGGUCAUUGUUUAAUAUUUGAUCACAGGGUUCGCUCCUACAGGGAGCUACCACUUCGUCUGGCUGACUUUGGGGUUCUGCACAGGAAUGAGGCCAGUGGUGCACUUACUGGCUUAACACGUGUCAGGAGAUUUCAGCAGGAUGAUGCACACAUCUUUUGCAGAGAGUCACAGAUUAAGGAUGAAGUCAAGGGUGUCUUAGAGUUCAUCAGCUGUGUGUAUAAGAUAUUUGGUUUCACUUUUGACCUGAAGUUAUCAACGAGGCCUGAAAAAUAUCUCGGAGACAUAGAAACUUGGGUAAAGGCUGAAGCUGCUCUUUCUGAAGCAUUGAACGAGCAUGGGAAGCCCUGGGAGAUCAAUGAAGGAGACGGAGCAUUUUAUGGCCCAAAAAUUGAUAUAAGUGUUUCUGAUGCAAUGAAGAGGAAAUUCCAGUGUGCGACAUUGCAGCUUGAUUUCCAACUCCCUCAACGUUUCAACCUAUCAUACUCAGCAGAAGAUGAAAGUAAGAGAGAGAGACCAGUUAUGAUACAUAGAGCGAUCCUUGGGUCAGUUGAGCGUAUGUUCGCUAUUCUUUUGGAGCAUUUCAAAGGGAAAUGGCCUUUCUGGCUUAGUCCACGUCAAGCUAUGGUCUGCCCUGUUUCCGAUAAAUCGCAGUCAUAUGCACUUAAGCUCCGGGAGCAGAUACAUGAUGCUGGUUAUUACGUUGAUGUUGAUACAAGUGACAGGACAAUCCAGAAAAAGGUACGAGAGGCUCAAGUGGCACAAUAUAACUAUAUUCUGGUUGUUGGAGAAGCUGAAGCCACUAGUGGGCAGGUGAGUGUUCGAGUGAGAGACAAACCUGAUCAUCAAGCCAUGACAGUUGACGUUCUCCUUGCUCACUUCAAAGAUAUGGUUGCAUCAUUUCAGUAAGAGUCGCCACUUCUCUUGCAUUAUAUCCCCAAGAGCUCUGGUGAGCGCAGCACGCUAGACUCAUGGACACGGGUUUGAAACCUUGCCGCAGAAGAACGAACACCUAGUAUUUUGAUCCAUUGUAGGUAUUACAUUAUAAAUCCAGUAGGAUACUUUUCGACUUGAAUGGUUUUCAAUAGCAUGUUAGUUUCAUCUUAUUCUCUCUUUUAAUGUGGGUUUGAGUUUUGACUUAAAUGGUUUUCAAUUGCUGGUAAAAGUCGUAUAAUUUUUUUUCCAAUUAAUUAAUCCAGAAGGUAAUUAAGGUGGCAUUUUUCUUUUCACUA